AUGUCAAAGCAUCAUUCGAUCUCUUCACGUGAUUUGAACUCUCAGCUGGCGUGUGGCAAGGUAGAGGUGAAGAUGGAUACUGCAGACUCUCUGAAGUCAAAAGCUGUCGAUUUGUUCAAGAAAACAUUCAACUGUGCACCAGGAAUCGCUGCUUGUGCCCCUGGAAGAGUUAAUCUCAUAGGGGAACACACAGACUAUAACGAUGGAUUCGUUUUUCCUAUGGCAAUAGAGUGUUACACAGUUAUUGUGGGUAAGUCUGGAAACACAAGCUGUGAAGUUGUCACAUCAGCAAAUGUUGAUCAGCCACAUGAAAAGUUUCAAGUACCAUCUGAAAACGCAAGAUUGUCUCCUGGUAGUCCUAGCUGGGCAAACUAUGUCAAAGGCAUUGUGCAGGUUUUCCCACAAACAGUACCAGGUUUUAAGGCUGCUAUCGUUUCUAAUGUGCCGUUAGGUGGUGGUCUGUCCAGCUCAGCUUCAGUUGAAGUUGCAGUUUAUACAUUUUUGGAAAAACUUUGUGGCGUGAAACAUGAUAGCAAGUCAAAGGCCCUGGCAUGUCAAAAGGCAGAACACGAUUUUCCAGGAAUGCCCUGUGGUAUCAUGGACCAGUUUAUUGCUGUGAUGGGUAAAAAGGAACAUGCAUUUUUGCUUGACUGCAGAUCAAUGGAAGGGAAGCUUAUACAUUUAUCAGAUCCAGGAGUUGUUUUUGUAAUUGCAAAUACAAAUGUGAAACAUGAGCUGACUGGAAGUGAAUACUCCUCAAGACGGAAGCAGUGCGAGGAAGCUGCAAAACUCAUGGGAAAGAAAAGUUUAAGAGAUUUAACUACUGAAGAAUUAAUGGGGUUCAAAGACAGCCUUGAUAAUGAGGUUUUUCAAAGAGCACAUCAUGUUGUCAGUGAAAUUGACAGAACAAUAGAAGGUGCUCAAGCAUUCGAAAGGGGUGAUUACGAAUUGUUUGGCAAAUUGAUGGUUGAAAGUCACCACUCUUUGAGAGAUGACUAUGAAGUCAGCUGUGAUGAGCUGGAUUUACUGGUAGAGACAGCAAUGUCUGUGGAUGGAGUUUAUGGUUCAAGAAUGACUGGCGGAGGUUUUGGUGGAUGCACAGUUUCAUUGGUUAGCAGUUCUGCUGUGGAGACCCUUAUCAAAACCAUACAGGCAAAGUACAAUAAUAAAGCAUCAAUUUUCAUUUCAUCUCCUGCCGAUGGAGCAAGAGUUUUGACGCUGUAACGGCAAUUGCGAAUGGUUAGUUUUCCUUUAAUAGAUGUCCCAGGCUUUAAUAUUAAUUCACAAAACUCUUAUAAAAAAUAAUGCUGAAAAUCUACUAAUUGCUGCAUGCAACCAAACGUUUUGCUAUAAAAAUAAAUUGACCAAGGAGCUAUUGUUUGUUUGUGAAGGUGGAGUGAAAGGUGGUGUGUCUCAGGUUCAAAUUUUCUUACUUAAUUUACGUUUGACGUCACAAAUAUGAUAUUUUUAAGGCUCACAUUUUUAAUUACAUAUUAUUUUCGCAAUAUACGAAUUAUAUCUGACGUUUUCUCAAGACAUUUUCAAGUGGUAAAAGUUUUCAGUGUUACGCCCAAAUCGAUAUUUGACGUUUUGACGAUUAUGCCUUAACUGUGAGUUACAAAUAAAGUCUUUAGCAAUACAAGGUCAGUUUGCGCAGAAAUCAAACACAUUUGAGCAUUGUGACGACAAUGAUGUAACUGGAAGGGGUGUCGCUCAUUCCCCAGAAGCUUAUUAACAAUUUGCGGACAAAAUCUUAGGAGGUGUUGUUUUACUCCCCCCCCCCCCUUUCCCAUUAAAUACAAA